CGCUCCCACGAGUCGUCCGUCACCUCCCCCCUUUCGUUUCCACUCCCACCAUUCCGAAGCUUCCACGCCUCGCCGACCAGAUCCGCGCGGUGCGAGGAGGGCUGACUUCCUCGGGGCGCGCGCGCUCUCGUCGAGGCGGCAGCGGAGAGGUAGCCUCGGGAGGGGAGGGGAGGGGAGGGGAGAGAGUGGCUAGCUGCGUGCGAUGGCGGUAGAGAAGACGAUGCCUGGGGCGAAUGCGGUGGCGGGGACGACGGUGCUGGUGACGGGCGGGGCGGGGUACAUCGGCAGCCACGCCGUGCUGCAGCUGCUCCUCGCGGGGUUCCGCACCGUCGUCGUCGACAACCUCAACAACUCCUCCGAGCUCGCCGUCCGCCGUGUCGCCGCGCUCGCAGGGGACCACUCCCGCAACCUCUCCUUCCACAAGAUUGAUCUCCGUGACAAGGGAGCACUGGAAAUGGUUUUUGCUUCAGCAAGAUUUGAUGCUGUUGUCCACUUUGCUGGACUUAAAGCUGUGGGUGAAAGUGUGCAGAAGCCAUUGCUUUAUUAUGACAACAAUGUCAUUGGCACGAUAAAUCUUCUAGAAGUUAUGUCUGCUCACGGUUGCAAGAAGUUGGUGUUCUCAUCAUCAGCUGCAGUUUAUGGAUCACCCAAGAACUCACCCUGCACAGAAGAAUUUCCUCUGACUCCAAACAAUCCAUAUGGCAAAACCAAGCUUGUUGUUGAGGAUAUCUGCCGCGAUAUCUACCGCGCAGAUCCUGAAUGGAAGAUCAUUUUACUUAGGUACUUCAAUCCUGUUGGUGCUCAUCCCAGUGGAUACCUUGGUGAAGACCCAUGUGGAAUUCCGAACAAUCUUAUGCCCUACGUUCAGCAAGUUGCUGUUGGUAGGAGGCCAGCUCUGACAGUUUUAGGAAAUGACUAUGCAACAAGAGAUGGGACUGGGAUCCGAGAUUACAUCCAUGUGGUUGAUCUUGCUGAUGGACAUAUUGCUGCAUUGCAGAAGCUUUUUGAGAGCUCAAGCAUAGGGUGUGAAGCAUACAACCUCGGAACUGGAAGAGGUACAUCAGUGUUGGAGAUUGUUACAGCAUUCGAGAAGGCUUCUGGGAAGAAAAUUCCUCUGAUUAUCGGCCCAAGACGCCCUGGUGAUGCAGAGAUUCUGUUUUCAGCUACUGCUAAAGCAGAGAGGGAGCUUAACUGGAAAGCAAAAUAUGGCAUCGAAGAAAUGUGUCGGGACCAAUGGAACUGGGCCAGCAAGAACCCUUACGGAUAUGGAUCACCUGACUCCACCAAGCAAAACGGUCACCAAACAAAUGGGUCAGCUGACUCCCCCAAGCAGAACGGCCACCACACAAAUGGAUCAGCUGAUUCACCAAAGCGGAACGGCCACUAUGUGUAUGGGUCAGCAAACUCCAAGCUGAACGGUCACCAUGGGUAUGGAUCAUCCGACUCCAAGCAGAAUGGCAACGGCCACCUGCCCUGAGCAGCAUCUUUUGCCUGUGGGCUCCCUGUAUAUGUGUUGUAUCACGAAGCCACCAGCUGAGAUUUAUGUGGAUCAAUGGAUCGGCAGGUCAUACAGUAUAGACAUGUUCGAGCUUUUAGGCAAGAUUCUAUCGUUGGCAGAUGAUUUCCACUUGUGGGUUAAACCUAUCUCCUACAUUGUGUUUAUUUUUUCUUCUUUCAAAUUUGUUGUAGGAGCGUGGCCGUAGUAUAUCAGCUGACUUGAUUCUUUCACUGCUAAUUGAGCUGCAAUAUGCUUCACGAAGCUUGUGGAAAAAAUGCAGCUGUGCACGAUUUAUUUAUUUGUAUCCGUAUUAUCUAUGAAGGGAGAACUAGCCUCACAGCAGUAGUUUUGAAGCACACUCUUUUAAUCCCAUAUCAGAUUGUUGUUUCA